AUGGACGAGGAUUUGGCAGUCUCAGAAAAUCCAAAGAAUGUCAAAGCCAACAUGGAAGUUGAUGUGAAUGAAUGUGACAAAUCAAAGGUAGUAAUCGAGGAUGAUGAAAUGGAGUUGUCGUGUAACAAGGGGACUUGUAAAAAGAGUGUUGUAAGUAUGCUAGAAAAUGUGUUAACACUCAAUUUACACAUUGAAUUUACACAUGUUAGGAGAUUACAUAACGUCAUUUCAUUACACAGAAAUCGUCACCCAUGGUUUAAAAUGGUCACUAUUUACACUUUUUUCUGUAGAAAACAGAAGAAACAGUAAUCAGUCUGACUCUAGAUAUUGAGAAUGAUCCACUGCCAGACUGUGACAUUGGAGCUGAUCAACCAGGUGAAAGUGAGCGAUGUGAUGAUAAUUCGCAAAGGUAA